AUGUAUUUCCUUCUCUCCGUCAUCUUCCACUUUCCUGUCUUCUGUGCCGGCUUUCCACCUGCCGUAUCCAGAGAAAUAUCCACAACUCUCCUCACCAAACUCACCCUCAUGUCUCAAUACUCUGCUGCUUCAGGUUGCAGCGAAAACAAUAACUCUUCUGUAGGGAGUUCUGUUUAUUGCGGGGCUGAAAUGUGUCCGCUUAUCGACAGUGCCAAUACAGAACUCCUUUAUGCAUUCUCAGAGAUUUACCCCGGCGAUACGGCUGGCUACAUUGCCGCCGACCACACAAACGCCCUUCUGAUCAUCUCGUUUCGCAAUAGCGUGACCCCCACAAACUUCAUCACCGAUUGGGCAUUCCUUCAAGUCAGCGCGCCUACCGCGUGCUCCGGAUGCCGAGCACAUAAAGGGUUCUGGUCGGCGGCCGUGGCCGCCGACAAGGCUUUAGAUGGUUCCAUCAGGGAGGCAAAGGCCAGAUACCCAGAGUACGAACUGACGUUGACUGGGCAUAGUUUGGGAGGUGCACUUGCAACGCUUCAUGCAAUUUUCCUGAGGAAUAGAGGAGUUGCUGUUGAUUCUUAUACCUUCGGCGCGCCAUCGGUUGGUGACUACGCAAUGGCCGAUUACAUCACGAACGGGCCCGGUAGCGACAAUGGGAGGAACUAUCGCGUUACGCACCUGAAUGACGUCUUUCCAAAAAUGCUCUACCGUGCGUCUAGGAUGCCGGUUGCAGAUCGGCUGGUACAAGAGUACAGCCAGUCCGGGCCAGAGUACUGGAUUACGUCUGGCUUCGGCGAGCCUGUUACAACUGCGGAUGUGCACAUCCUUGAGGGCGUGGAUAAUGAGCAGGGCAAUCUGGGAAGAGAACCUGGCAGUCUGAGGGACCAUAUGUGGUAUUUGGGGGCGACAGAUGCUUGCCCACUAGGCUGA